AUGAAUUUACUACGCGGAAUAAUAAUAGCACAUUUGCUUUGCUAUAACGUCCAAUUGCGGGCGAAGGAGCCCAAGUGGGGACAUGCGCUGCUUGGGGGUCAGAACAAGUUGGAGUCCGCCUGGGGAGGGGGAACCACCAUGGAGGAGGAAAUACCCCCAAAGGAUGACACUGUAGAAGGGGAGACAUCCCAAACGUUCGAGGAGACAACCGCUCUUGAGGGGGAGGAUGGGCACCCGAACCUUAGAUCGACCUUUUCAUUCUUCCAGGGGAAGGGCCGAGAAGAAGUCGAACCGAACGCGCAGCAAAGACACGAGGGAAGUGCACAGCGCGGGGAUGUACCGAGUGACCACCAGGGGGAGCUGAACCAUGCUGACACCCCCAGCCAAAUAGCCACUGAAAAGAACAUCAAUGGAGGGGAAAAUCUGCCCAUCAAUGGAGGGGAAAAGCUGCCCAUCGGUGGAGGGGAAAAGCUGCCCAUCGGUGGAGGGGAAAAGCUGCCCAUCGGUGGAGGGGAAAAGCUGCCCAUCGGUGGAGGAAUCGCCGAUUACGAGUACAACAAUGAUGAAGAAUUUUUUAAGUCAUUCCAUAGCGACAACGCUAAUAAGCAAAUAGAAAUAAAGAGCCCAUGUUUUAAUUUAAAAAAUGAAAACGAAUGUACGGAGAGUAGGAACUGCUUCUAUGAUCACUCCUAUAAGGCAUGCUUCCAGAAUUGCAAAAGUUUGGGAGAGAGGGAUUGCUACAGAUACACUGAGUGUAAGCUCACCAUCAACGGGUGCGAAAAUGAAGGAUUCCUCAACAUCAACGUGUUCGGCUCGGACAUCGGGUCGGACGUGCGCGCAUGCGAGCUGUUCAACUCGGAGGGGUCAUGCUACAUGAUGGAGGAGCAGUACAAAAACUUUGGUAGUAAGGAGAAGACGAAUUUUAACUGCGUGUGGAUGUCCUACAAGCAUGAAUAUAGGAAGCACAAGGAAGGGGGUGCCGCGAAGCGCCAUAAAAAGGAACCACAUGAGCAGAGGGGAGGCGAACUUGGCGGAGUCAUUGACGUGCACAGGGCAAACGGACAAAGCGAAGAGGGUGGACACCCCAAUUAUCAUGUGCUCCGAUCAGAUGGCCCGCGAAGCAUUGCUAGGGAUGAAAAGUUCCUAUCCCUAUUGGAAUUAAAAUCGAAUGAAAAAAAAAAAAAAAACCCAAAAAAUGGCAAUAACGGGAAGGAGACCAAGAAGGAAAACGCAAAGAAGGGGAAAGCGCAUGGGGAUGACGAAGACGACAACGACGACGAAGAUGAUGAUGAUAGUGGUGAGGGGCUGCAGGCAGAUGAAGAUCCCGAUUUUAACGACGUGAAUGAUGAGGAAGGGGCGAAAAAAGAGGAGGACCUGGAAGGAGAAGGGGCAGACGAGGACGAAGAUUUUGACGACGAGUUGGAAAAGAAGAGGGGUAAAGGCAAAGGGAAGGAGGGAAGCAGCGCUGAUGGAGAAGGAAGCGACAUGAAACGGAGCGAGGGAAAGGAACCAUCGGAUGAAGCUCCAAGUGGGGAGAGCACCCCCAAGGGAGACGAACUGCUAGUGCCACCCGAAAAAUUAGUGGCGUUACCAACGGAAGUCGUAACGGAGAGUAUCAUCGAGGAUGCGAGCGUGGCGGAUAAAGAUGGCCAGCCUGGUGAGCGCGGUCAGGAUGGUCAACCGGGUCAACCGGGUCAACCUAGCCAACCUGGGCAGCUUACCAUGGAUGGCCACGCCGACGCAGAAAAUGAUGAACUCCCAGGAGGGCACCCCGCGGGGAAAGGCAACCUGGGGAGCCCUCCACACGAGCGGGACAUCUUAAAGCAUAACUUCCACAGCAGUGGCCAUGGAGACCAGUACGACGAAUGGAUAAGCGUAGAAACGAGCAUUUGUGUCAAUUUAAACGAAAGGCCCAACCCGUCCGUGCUAUUGGAAGGAGCGCUAAUUGCGGAAAAGGAGGCAGAAUUGAGAAGCAUUAAAAAAAAAUAUAAAGUCACAGACAAUGAAAUUUGCGUUAAGCCUUCGAACGAGCCCAAUAUCUCUUUCAGUCCUAACAAAAAUUUUUAUGUGUUAGGAGAGAAAAUAGAAUUCAAGUGUCAAAAUGGGUAUAAGAUCGUUGGAACAACAACUGUAGGGGUGUGUGUGGGGAGAAAUAAAAUCGUCCCUAACAUAAGUUGUGAGUCCUUAAACGAUUUCGAUGGUGUUCAGAAGGAGAACAUACAGAAGAUCAAUAGCAUGAUUAGCUCUGGGGGGAAUUCCGCCUUGUCUGGGUUCCUAGCAGUUGUGCUUUUCGUCGUCGGGGCGUUCCUCUUCCGGUGA